AUGAUCUUCAGCAUGUGCGGCCUCAUGCUUAAGCUGAACUGGUGUGCUUGGGUUCCCGACUACUGUUCCUUUAUCAGCUUUGACAAUUCUCGGAGCUUGGAGGAUGAGGACACGAGGCAGAUGACGAGUAGCUUCAUGCUCUCAAUCUCUGCCAUGGUGAUGUCCUAUCUGCAGAAAUCUCAGCCCAUGACGCCCCUGUGGUGAUGUCUACUAGAAGGCUUGGAUCCUGGACUCCUGUCCACCUUCUCUCUGGCCUAGCCUUUGACUGCCUCCAACCUGCCCUUGGCUGCUGUCUGUAAACUCACCUGAGUGUUGUCUCUGGUCUCCCAGCUGAAUGAGGGAAGAUGGCCAUUUCCUUGGGGUCCUGCUUCUGCUUUGACAAAGUGGUAAACCCACAGACUUCCCUUUUAUUUCCCUCCCCUGGCCACUGUUAUGAGAAACACUGUUCAUGUUUCUAAGUAUUCGCUUGUUUUCUUGUUGAAAUCAGUUGGUAAAAAAUUUUCCACUCUGGAUGGCAUGGAUUACUUCUCUUUUGUUCAUGGGGUGCUCUGCCCAGUGAA